UGUAAAAGUUUAACAAAAUUACCGAUAGUGUUUCAUGAAAUUUAUUUAAGAUACUUAAAUCAAGUUUGAAUUUAAAAAUGAGUAAGAGUUUAACAGAAAGGGACUUUGAUCAAGUUGAAUCCUGGAUCGGAACUGGACCCAAAACAUUUAAUCUGCUGUACAGCAUAACAAGGGAUGGCUGUAACGCGAGUGUGUUCCAUCAGAAAUGUGACAACCAAGGACCUACACUUACAAUCUUGUACAACAAGGAGGGUUCCGUGUUUGGAGGUUACAAUGGGGUUAGCUGGGUAUCCCCGCUAAAACAGUUGAAUCAAACGGACGAAGCGGCAUUUCUAUACCAAUUGUAUUUUUCUGGCAAUAAAAUCCAGAGGAAAUGUUCACUCAAAAGAUGGCAGACAUCUAGUUGUUCAAUAUCCGGUUAUGGACCAGUCUUUGGUAGCGCCUUAUAUACUGACUUAAACACAUUUAAAAGUAACAUUCAAAAAUCUACUUCGGGAGAAUACAACCUGAAUGGCAAUAUGGAUUCAUACGGUAAAAACUACGAAUCACAAGGAACAUCGUCAAAGGAGGUCAACAACGGACACAUGAGAGUGACAGAAUUGGAGGUAUAUGCCGUCAAAGAUGGUCAAAGAAAAUUGCCAGAUUUGCCGACACAAUGGCGGAAAACUGCAGAAUGGGGACCAAAGUUGCUUGACAGCUUGAAAGAAGAAAUCAAAGGCAUCAAACCGCCUAAAGGACAUGACGUCCCACAUUUCAACAUUCUUUUGAUUGGGCAUUUAGGCUCGGGAAAAUCGAGCUUCUGCAACUUGGUCACCUCUGUGUUUCGAGGCAGAAUAUCACACCGGGCUAGAGUUGGUGGUACCUCUCAAACCAGUACAACCACAUUGUUCACGCCUUACGACUUUGGUGAGAAAGCAGGUCUGCGGCUCUACGACUCAAGAGGUAUAGCGGAGACGGAUAGAUUAGACCUUCUGCAAUGCAAUUUCAUACUUGAUGGCAACGUUCCGGACUUUUAUGAGAUGACACCGACAAGUCUGAUAUCAAACGACGAUGCAAAUUUUCGACAAAGGCCAACAUUGAGAAACAAAAUACACUGUGUUGUAUUUGUUUUGGACGGUUCGACUGUGGACGACAUUUCAACACCAAUGCUUCAAAAACUAGAGUCAUAUCGGGAUCUGUUGAACAGAAAAGAGAUACCACAAGCAGUUUUGGUGACAAAUAUUGACAAACUUUGCAAACACAUUAGUAAAACCUUCGAGAGCCUAACUGUCAAAGAAGUAGUCGACAAAGUGGCGGUCCUGCUGAAGCUUCCACGGAACAGUAUACUUCCGGUUAAAAAUUAUGAAGAGGAAAUGGAGAGCGACGAGAAUAUUAAUAUCCUGGCUUUGUUGGCUGUUCGACAGAUUAUGUUCUUUGCGGAGGAUUAUUUGGAAAACAGAAAAAUAAAACAAAUUAUAAGAAGUAGAGGGGAGGUAAAUAGCGACAAUGGCCAAGGUGAAGUGUUCGGUUCAGAUACUGCUUAAAAUAGCAUGGUAUGUUCAUGGAGAACCUUAACAUAUGUGUUACACCAAGUCAUGACAAUAUUAAAUUGUAGAUGUGAUUGGGGUGACAUUAAAUUGCUAUGGGGGCGAAACAAUGAUUUCAAAAGAUUUUAACGUUUUAUCAUUGUGUAUAACUGCUUGUGUUUAAAUAUGUCUGUAUGUUAUUACUAAACUGCCAUGUGUUGGAGUAAAAAUGAUCUUUUUGAUGAAAUAAUCAACACUAACAUUUCGUGUUCUUAUUCGAAAUAAACUUGCAUUUCGACUGUUUUAGAUUGCAAUACUCUCUCAAAUUAUAACAAUGUAGGUAGGCAAAAUUUUAAGCUUUGGUCUUUUGUAAUUUCGUUAUUACAUGCUUAUUAAAAGUAACAUGCUAAGUAAAAGUAUUAGUUAGUUCGUCCAAAUAGACAAGUAACCCCUAACUUUUGGCAAAACACGUAUUUUUAAUGAAGUUAAUUUAGUUUUUCUUCUAACUCCUUUUUUGUGUCGGUGAUGGAGAAACGGAAUACUCAUAAUACUAAAUCUCCGCGUGUAUACUCUAUAUCAAUCUUCGGCUCGUUGCUCAGUUUAUUGAUUGUGAAGAAGCCCUUGAUCCCUUCUCAUCGUGCACGGGUGAGGAAGGUGGGUUUGUUGUGUUCAUGGGCUAAAAGCUUUCAGUUCGGUUUGUUCACAUCAAACUACUUCAUAUGAUACCAACUGAUCUUGGUUCUGCAGUCACCCAAAACAAACACAUUUGUGUAGCGGAACCGUUAGGCCGAAAAAGUGUAUCAAUUGAUGAAAUAGGUUUCGUUUGAUAUCCCUUUUCAUUUGGUCUUAGUUUAAUGAUCUUUAUGUUCACAGACCAUAUCUACCAGAAUAUUUAAUACGCUUUAUUGUAUCUUUCCUUUGUUAAACCCAGAUGUUGUGUCCUUCAUAAAAAACAUUUGACGAACUAAAACUACAACGUAAUAACUUUUCUCCAAAGAGAACACCUAAAAGCGCGAUAUAUUUUAAGUAGAUAGUUUUGCUAAGUGAAUAUACAUACACUGGAAAUCACCUCUUCAUACACUUUCUAUUGUUGGCCAUAAAACCUACAACGUGAAUGUUAUUUAAAUGUUAAAACCUUGAACACAUAUCGUUUACAGGACUACACAUGAGCACAGCA